CCCCUGCAAGAUGGCGGCCCCCUUGGAGCUCAGCUGCUGGGGAGGAGGCUGGGGGCUCCCAUCCGUGCACAGCGAGUCCCUGGUGGUGAUGGCGUAUGCCAAAUUUUCUGGUGCACCCCUAAAAGUCAACGUCAUAGAUAACACCUGGAAAGGUUCAAGAGGAGAUGUACCAGUUUUGACAACUGAAGACAACAUUGUUUCUCAGCCGGCAAAAAUACUAAACUUUUUAAGAAAACAGAAAUAUAAUGCUGAUUAUGAACUCUCUGCAAAACAAGGGGCAGAUACCCUGGCUUACAUUGCUCUCCUUGAAGAGAAGCUUCUUCCUGCAGUGCUUCACACUUUCUGGGUUGAGAGUGACAACUACUUUACUGUGACAAAGCCUUGGUUUGCUUCACGAAUUCCUUUUCCCUUGAGUUUGAUCCUGCCUGGAAGAAUGUCUAAGGGAGCUCUGAAUAGGAUUCUCCUGACCAGAGGAGUGCCUCCUCUCUACCACCUCCGAGAAGUAGAAGCUCAGAUAUACAGAGAUGCCAAGGAGUGCCUAAAUCUUCUGUCAAACAGAUUGGGAACAUCUCAGUUUUUCUUUGGAGAUACGCCUUCUACCUUGGAUGCCUAUGUGUUUGGUUAUCUUGCACCUCUUUAUAAAGUACGCUUUCCUAAAGUUCAGUUACAAGAACAUUUGAAACAGCUUUUCAACCUGUGUCGAUUUUGUGAUGACAUCCUAAACAGUUAUUUUAGGCUUAGUCUUGCAGGCAUCUCUCCUGCUGGACCAGAAACGGUAGAUGCAAAUCUGCAGAAACUCACACAACUUGUAAAUAAGGAAUCCAACUUGAUUGAAAAGAUGGAUGACAAUCUUCGCCAAAGCCCUCAGCUUCCUCCUCGGAAACUGCCAACACUUAAACUGACUCCAGCAGAAGAAGAAAGUAAUUCCAUACAACGGCUAUCCCCCUGACACUGGUUAUGCUUUGUAUUCAAAGUCUCAUAAUUGUCGCAGUCAUCUCUUACACUAAGCGUGCGAGGGAAAAAAAGAAAAUGUUUUACAUAGGUGUAAGGAAGAUUCUAAAACAAAAGAAACUUUCUAUGACAGCAGUUUUUUUUUUAGUUAGGAAGCUUAUGUUUUAGCUUGGCAAGGCACUUUAAAAAUAUCCAUGUGAAUGCUAAAUGAACUUGGGGGGGGAAGAAAACACAUUGUACUGUACGUAAAAACCUGCCUUAACCUUGGCAGAUUUUUGCCUUUGGUUCACAUGUUGUUGACCAAAAGCUACACUUCUGUUCUGAAUGUGCACUCUUAAUUUAUUCAAGUUAAUUUAUUAAUUUAGUUUCCUUAGACCAGUUUGAAUAUCUAAUAUGUGGCUCUUUGGCUGAGGCCUUUUUCUUAUCUUUAGAAAUCUGAUGCCUAAAUUAGACUUUAGGAAAAAUAUAUUAUUCUAAUAUUCCAUUUAUUUCAAUCGAAAAACCUGUAUUUAACUUUAAAAAGCAAUGAGGAAUGUGUUUUAUAAUUAUGUUCUCAUAAGUCUAAUCUUUUUUUGGGGGGUGCUACCAGAUAUAUAUAUAGUGAAGGUGAUUAUAUGUAAUAUUUGUCUGACUGUAUGCACUUCUGUAUAACAGUAUUUGCUGAUGUGUUCAAUAUAGGUUAGCAAGGGCUCUUUCAGUUCAUUGGAGCUUUAAAUUUGUGUAUUUGUAAUACAUCUUUAAGUCUAGUCAUUUCUUUCUUGGAAUGAUUUCAGGAGAGCUGAAUGGGUUGGUCAUCGUUAUUCUGCCUGAUUGUAAAGUCUUCUUGACAAUUGCCCAGUUGUUAGACACUACUCAGGAGGAGCCCACUGCCAGAGUAACAGAAGUCCCUACUGGGUGUCUGGUCCAAGUUCACCAUGCUUGGCUCAGACCAGUGUUCUUUCAUAAGAAACCUAUCAUGUAGUCAAAAACUUUAUGACAACUAAUAUUUUCCAUAGAGUUUUAACUACAAUUGAAGUCGCCAGUGGAAUAAUCGGAAAUGGCAGUAGAUUUUUAAGAACAUUUUCUGUUUAUUGGUUGCUGAGCUGUUAAAGGAUUUGCUGUGCAGGUAAUUUUACUUAUAGUAGACUCCUGCUUAUUUUAGUGGCUGAGGUGCUUCUGUUGUCCUAAAAUCACUUCUGGGGUUUUUAAAAUAUAGGACCAUGUUUUUGAUUGGUGUCUUAAAAGAUUAUUAUGGUGCUUGGCAAAUCUAUCACGUCCUGCAGGAACCCCCGUGUUAAGGAAACAGCUUUGUAGUCAGGAGACUCGUCUAAUUUGAGCUGAGUGGAGCUCAGCUGUGUUUGACCUGCAUCCUCUCAAUGUGUUCUGUAUUUAAGAAUCUAUUUAUGCAGGAGUCUUUAAGUCACUGUAAAUAUUUUUUCUUGAAAGUUUUAAUUAAAUGAGAAUCAUGGUA